GUUGCAGCUAUUUUCUCUGACUAGACACUCGUUCUUUCAAUCCUCUCCGCUUUUUCCCUUUUACUUUCUCUGCUACAUUAACAUUACUAACAGAGGAAAAAGAGAGAGAGGAAAUGGUGUCAAUGGCGGUGCCUUCCAAGUGGGUUUGUGUUUGCGCGGCGGUGCUUGUGCUCAUGUUCGUCGGAGUUGCAGCCACUGUUCGGAACGACGGGAUAUCUGGUCUUUCCAGGAAUGAGGAAACAGAGAAGUUGCAGAGUUCCAAGAAUUCAUCAAUGGCUGCAAGUUCUGGAGAAGAUAUUGACGCCUGGAAAAAUGAGCACGCAGUUGAUGACCCAGAAGAGGUGGUUGCCAUGGUCGAAAUGAGCAUACGCAACAGUACUGAAAGGAGGAGGCUUGGCUAUUUCUCAUGUGGAACUGGUAAUCCUAUUGAUGAUUGCUGGCGCUGUGACCCCAAUUGGGAGAAAAACCGCAAGCGCCUUGCUGAGUGUGGAAUUGGUUUUGGCAGAAAUGCCAUUGGAGGCCGCGAUGGUCCGUUCUAUGUAGUUACCGAUCCCAGUGAUGAUGACCCCGUCAACCCAAAGCCUGGAACUUUGCGUCACGCUGUGAUCCAGGAUGAGCCCUUGUGGAUUGUGUUCAAAAGGGACAUGGUGAUCCAAUUGAAGCAGGAACUUAUCAUGAACAGCUUCAAGACAAUUGAUGGCCGUGGGGUUAAUGUCCAUAUUGCUAAUGGAGCGUGCAUCACCAUCCAAUUUAUUACGAAUGUGAUCAUUCAUGGUCUCCACAUUCAUGACUGCAAGCCCACUGGUAAUGCUAUGGUUAGAAGCUCACCUGAUCAUUAUGGGUGGAGGACAAUGGCUGAUGGCGAUGGCAUCUCUCUUUUUGGAUCAAGCCACAUAUGGGUCGACCACAAUUCCCUUUCUCAUUGCGCUGAUGGCCUUGUUGAUGCUAUCAUGGGUUCGACAGCCAUUACCAUCUCCAACAACCACUUCACUCACCACAAUGAGGUGAUGCUGUUGGGCCACAGUGAUUCCUAUACGAGAGACAAGCAAAUGCAAGCAACCAUCGCGUACAACCAUUUUGGGGAGGGACUUAUCCAGAGAAUGCCAAGGUGCAGACAUGGAUACUUCCAUGUAGUUAACAACGACUAUACUCACUGGGAGAUGUAUGCCAUUGGUGGAAGUGCAAAUCCCACCAUCAAUAGUCAGGGCAACAGAUACAAUGCACCAACUAACCCUUUUGCAAAGGAGGUGACAAAGAGGGUGGAAACAGCUGCAGGCGUAUGGAAGAACUGGAAUUGGAGGUCAGAGGGUGACCUUCUGCUGAAUGGCGCUUAUUUCACUCCAUCUGGAGCUGGAGCUUCAGCUAGCUAUGCUCGUGCUUCAAGCUUGGGUGCCAAGUCUUCUUCCAUGGUUGGAUCAAUGACUGCUAAUGCAGGUGCUCUUCCAUGCCGCACGGGACGCUUAUGCUAAUACACUCUGAUCAAUUAAUUUUGGCCAAAAUACGCCGUUUAAUUUCUGCUUUUUUUUUAGCCAUUUUUUCUUUCAGGUCCUACCUCUAUGCAUUACCAAAUGUAUUGGCAAGUGUACAUUUUUUACGCAUGUCAUUGUAUUUUACACCCAUAUUUUCUGCAUUCCCGUUUGCCUCUCUGUUACUUCUCAACCUCGGCCUGCUUCAACCCCAAAAGAAAAAAAGAAAAAACCCCAAUUCAAUUCUUCUAGGAGCAGGUGCAGAAGCGUUGUUCUUUUUUUCAGUUGCCCUGUGCCCUUUCCUUCUAACCACCAUUGAAGCAAUCCUUUGGGUCUACAGUGUCAGUCUUUCUAGUCUUUUGAGUCUAUAGGAUUUGGAUGAAUUUGUGUUUUUGUUUUUACUUUUUGUCUAGUGAUACAAGCAGUUGCCUGGAUUUCAAGUUUUCGUUAUAGAAGAUGCAUCGAUAUAACAGUGAUGCUCUUUAUCUUUUACCCUCUUGUUAUUUGUUAUGCUAUUUUUUAUUUUUGCCUCUGUUAAUGGAAGCAACAGGCUCCCACUUUGUUAUCGCU